AUGGAGUUGGCUACUGCUAAUUUCCUGCACGAAGACAUGUAUACGUCAUCAGGUGUUCGCGAGGCCAUGACCAGGCUACUACAGACUGCAAGCAACGGCACGGCCGCAGACCUAACCUACGGCUUCGUCUCCUCUGCUGUCGCCGUGCUCUUUUACGGGAGUAAUUUUGUCCCAAUCAAAAAAAUUGACACUGGUGAUGGUAUGUUUUUUCAGUGGGUGUUGUGUGCCACUAUAUGGACCAUAUCCCUGAUAGUGAAUCUCAUACUGAACAGUCCAAAAUUCUGGCCUCUUGCCAUGGUUGGAGGAGCAGUGUGGGCCACUGGUAACAUAACUGUGGUUCCCAUAGUGAAGACAAUAGGUUUGGGCCUCGGAGUCCUUGUAUGGGCUUCCUUUAGCCUGCUUAUGGGCUGGGCCAGCUCAAGGUUUGGUUGGUUUGGCAUUGAGCCUGAGACUGUAAAUAAACCCGUACUCAACUACUGUGGAGCUGGACUGUGUCUGCUCAGUGCCAUCGCCUUUUUCUUUGUGAAGAGUGAUGUUCAAACACCCACCUCGGGCGAGGAAAGGCCUUUACUAACAGACGAUACUGUCACCUCUGAAUCUUCAGGCCCAGCUGACAGUUCAUGGGUAGACACACUAGGACCGCGCACAAAACGUAUUAUUGGUCUCUCUUUUGCUACUGUUGCCGGUGUUCUCUAUGGAACUUCGUUUGUGCCGGUGCUCUACAUUAAAAACCACGCCGCCGACCAGAACGGCACUUACACCGGAGCGAGCCAGUUUGAUCUGGAUUAUGUCUUUGCACAGUUCAGUGGGAUCUUCCUCACCAGUACAGUGUAUUUCCUUAUUUACUGUGGCUUCAAAAAGAACCAACCAAAAGUGUUCCCCAGAGCAAUCCUACCAGGUUUUGCCUCUGGAGUGAUGUGGGCCAUUGCUACGUGCUGUUGGUUUCUAGCCAAUACUUACCUCAGUGCUGUGGUUAGCUACCCAAUAAUCACCACGGUCCCUGGGUUGAUUGCUGCUCUGUGGGGAGUCAUUAUCUUUAAGGAGGUGAAGGGUUGCCGGAACUACCUGAUCCUUGUGUUUGCAUUCUGUCUCGUUUUGUCGGGUUCCCUGCUGACAGCAUUCUCUAAAGUAUAAUGACAC